AUGGAAUCCACCACUAUAUUCGAAUCUUUACAGCGAGAAUUUUGCCCUCCCCUCGACUCCUCAUUGCUCGCUGCCAUGUUUGCAGACAUCGACCUCACUUCACCCUCUGCUUCUCAUCAUAUUGCCGAGCUUCGAAAGGACCUCCUCCUCCUCGCCGAACAAGCCGACGCUGAAUCUCAGUCCACGUUCGGCGACGAUUUUGACUUUUCAGCAUCCGACGAGAGUUUGCACGACUUCUGUACAAACACGACUACAACUACAACAACUUCGUUCUCUGACUCAUCCUCGUUCAACUCCCCUCUCGGGUUCCUCAUAGCCACUAUGCCACAUAUUCCUGAAGAGCGCCUUCGAAAUGCUUUGGGUUUGGCAAAGACAGCCACUGCUCCGGACGAAGAGAUUGACAUGUGGGAGGUUAUUGCGACCAUUCUUUCGGAGGAAACGGAAAGGGAAAUGCGCGAACGUGACUUGGAUGAAAGAGAGUAUGAAACCAAGACGGCUUGGGAGACAUCAGAGAGCAAGAAGUCUAUCGUGCGCAAGCCCAAGAAGAACAAAGGCAACAAAAUCACAGUCUCAGAUGUUCGACAACAGCAAAACCUCCGACCAAUGCAAACGACAAGGGCACUCCAAGUGGAUGAUCGGUGGACACAGCUCGCAUCCAUCUCAACCCAUGUUGCAAAGUGUCUUCCUCCGCACCAGCCGGCCUUCUUCCAACGCUAUUUCCAUUCGCCGCAACAUGCCUCAACGCCAUACAACGCAUUAUGUGCUGCCCUUUUUGCUAUUACCACAACUACUGAGCAACACGAGGGCGAACACACUGCAACUUUAUUCGGCCUCCUCGAUUUCCUCUUACCAUCACAUGAGGAUCUCGACGAAAAUGGCCGUACCCGUCUUUGUAGUGAUGUCGAGCUUGCUCUUGCUGCUGCCCAAGGCCGUGGCGAAGACGCUUUAGAGCUUGUUCGAAUUAUGCGCGAACUUGAUAUUGACGCGUCACAGGGACACUUCGAGAUGGGUGUCUACCAUUCGCCUGUCCCUAGCAAAUUAUUUGCGCCGCAGAUACGUGCAUCCAGUCUUGCCAAUGGGCCAGCACCCACCGCACCGCCACCAAAAUUAGCACGUGCGGUUACUGCCCCUGCCCCGUCGACGAGCAAACCCAGUCCGUACCAAUGGCAGGCCGUGGCGCCCCGUCGACGAGUAGCUCAGAAGGACGUGCCAUAUUCGCAUGCUAUGCACAUUCCAACAUACCACACAGAUGUCAAUGGAAGUCGGUCUCGGCCACGAGCAGGCGGUAAUGCUGACGGAAAAGGUGGUAAAGGAGAUGUGGGUGAGCUUGGCGCCUACCGACGGCGCAUAGGAGAUGCAGUAAGGAAACGGGACGAGUCUUUGCGUGAAGCGGCAAGAAUGUGGCAGCGAGGAAAGGGAAACAAAAAGGGAAGAGGUGGUGAAGUUGCGCUAUAUUUUGCAGAGCAGGCCCGCAAAUACUCUGAAAUAGCAAGGCAAGAGGCUUUGGAUGGCGCAAGGGAAAUAGUGCAGGCCAAAAGAUUCUCGUCUCGGAAUCACGACACGGUGGAUUUGCAUGGUCUCACAGCUGCUGAAGCAAUCACAAUUGUGAAGGAGAUCUUGGAGGAGCAAAUAUGGUCUUCAGACAAACCGUUGAGGGUCAUCACAGGUAGAGGCACUCACUCUGCAGGUCAAGUUAGUGUUCUCAAGCCUGCUGUUCGUCGAUCACUUGAGGAGGAGGGGUGGCUUAUAGGACAAUGGGAUGGCGGACUCACAGUUCGAGGAAGACGACCUGCAAGUAGCUUUGGUGUAGCACCUUCCCUGAACAUAAACAACGGCGAUCAAUUUCGAACCUCUUGGCUUUUGAUUCUGACGAGCACGAUGGACUGGAGACAAUUGCGCAAAGGUUUCGAAACGAGCGUCCAAGCGACAAAGGAGCGCCUAGGACGAGUGAAAGAGGAUGAAAUCACCGAGUUGCCUCAAGAAUACAAGGAGCUCGAAACGCGAGUUGACGCUCUACGACAAGCACAUAUUACACUACUCAAGAUCACCAAAGUGUUCGAGUCGGAGGCAUACGACUAUCCGUCCGCUGUGUCAGAGAAUUUUUCAGAAUUCUCCACCUCUCUGGGCCAUGGCAUUACCUCGUUUGCUGCGACCAACCUCAAGGGGACCAAACUUCCCGCCCCAGCCCCACCACCACCAGUGCCGACACCGGAACAUAAGACUCUGCCGCAUGCUUUAGUCAGAUCGGCCAGGAGCGCUUCGGCCUUGUUGCAAACAAGUGAGAGCGGGCAGGAUCAGUUGGGAAAUGCUUUGGAUGUCUAUGCGGCUGGUAUGGACAAAGUUGCGGCUGCGAGAGUUGAGCAGGACCAAGCGAUUAGGCUGAACCAUCUUCAUCCCUGGCAACAGACACUCAAUACCUCCAUAAAUGUCGCCAUGAAAGCACGCCAGGCUGUUCGUACUAGCCGCCUGGAGCUGGAUGGGGCAAAACAAACGUUGAAGAAUGCCAGUCCUGCAAAGCAAGAGCAUGCCAGGCUUGAGGUAGAAAAUGCUGAAGACGAUCUUGUCCAGAAGACAGAGGUCGCCAUAAGCUUGAUGCAAAAGGUGUUGCAGAAUCCUGAACCCAUCAAGCAUCUAAACGAACUCGCCAAGGCGCAGCUAAUCUACCAUGCCAUUGCGGCAGAGACUUUGUCAAAUACCCAAGCAGAGCUGGAGGAAUUGAGUAACUCGGCCGAGGAGCACAGUCGAUUUUCUUUGCAACCCCUUCUGGAAGCGCUGGAGGAUGAUGAUGCCCAUACGCCGUUAGAAGAGUCUAUUGACUCUAUAAUCCCGGAGUUUCUUCGCCAGAGGGCUGCUCUCCAAGCGAAACAAUCCCAGGUGGAUGCUCAUGGCCAAACGCUCCGUCCCCUAACACGGUCUGACGUCUCUUCGCUCCUUACCGCGACGGCCAACGUCCAGGGUGGCUCUUGGGCCAUCUCUCAAGCCAUCGCCAUACGUAAACUAAAGCUCGCCCAGAAACAGCACCAUGCGACUGUCGCGGAAAACCAAUUCAACAUUUUAUCUUCGCCAAAUUGCACUGAAAUGCCAUCCUCAGACGCGUCGACCUCUCAACAAACACGUGCGGUCAUUCAUGCUCUCGAAUCUAUCAAAAGUACGCCAUACUCAAACUCUUUUCUUGCCCGUCUACAAGGGGUUCCAACAAUGGGAGUCAAUCCGCCUGGUCUGGUGUCUGUAGACUGGGAAACGGUCACGCCCUGGAUGAGCCUGAUGAGCGAUAUUCGUCAGCAUUUCACUCUCGCACAUCCCGAACGAGAAACUCCUUCCAGCAUGGUGUCACCCAUCAUGUACACUGCGUUGCAGCCGUGGCACCUCGGGCAAGUCCACAAUCUACUCGAGCGCGCGUUCUGGUCGGGAAUCGAUGUGCGCGAUUCGCUUGAUUACUCACCAGAACGGUGUACGAUCGUCGCCACAUAUGGUCGGCUUGUUGUCGGUGUCGCUAUCAUGAGCUCUCCGCGGGAGACAUACAUAACAUAUCUCACCGUCAGAGCAGGCUGGGACAAUGCCCACAUCGCGACGACCAUGCUGUACCAUUUGAUAACGCUGAAUCCGCACCAGGACAUUACGCUUCAUGUGUCUGCCAAAAACUCCGCCAUGUUGCUCUACAAUCGUUUUGGAUUCAAGGCCGAGGGCUUUAUCGCAGGCUUCUAUGAAACCUAUUUGGACCCACAAUCACGCGCUUCCAAGAAUGCAUUCAGACUCCGUUUGCGUCAGCACUGA